GGAAGUGUUAUGAAAAAGAAAGGGAAAGGAAAGCAUCAGUUGUAUUUUAAGGUAUUGAGAGAUCUUGGAUUCUGGAUGUUAAAGUUGGAUGCCUUUACACCAAUCUUACUUCUUGAUUAUCUAGAUAUAAACACCAAUGAAAGUAUGAUACUCCUCUGUUUCACAGUGCAAUUGUUUCAUGAGUAUAUACAUAUUUACGCUUUCCAAUAUGAAAAUUGUAAUAUUCGGAGAAUCUACAAAUAAUCUUCCUGUGUUCUGUUUAGGAUUUCUACAAAAAUAUCUUCCUAUUACUUAAAAUGGAAACUUAACUUAACUCCAUAUAAUGUGGACUUGUGGAGCACCCACUAACUUUUUCUCACACUCCGAUUAGAUCUCUUGUGAUGUGGGUCCUCUCACUCACUAAUCUCUUUCAAUCAUUUUAAUUUCAUUCUUAUUUCCCCACUAAAUACCAUAAACCUACCGUAUCCAAUUGAUAUAUAAUCCUCAAGUGUGUCUAAACCUCACAAAAAGGAUGGAAGGAGAGGGAAACUUUGUAUCCAAUCUUGAUGAUGAAAUGAAGGAAAUACUGGCAGAAUUUAUGGUGGUAGUUGUACAGUUUGAAGAGUUAGUGGAAGUUGGACGGAAGUAUCUAAUCAGAUUUCAGCAGGCGCUUGAAGUUCUCCAACACCCUUCAAUAUAUGAAUCAUCGGAGCUGGUCAGGAGCAUCAUCAAAGCAAACAAAACCAAGAGGAUUAAUGCAUAUGUGGAAGCUGGGUGCAUCAAUGCUUUCAAUAACACAAAUAAUGUAAGUCAUCUGAAUACAAGUUUGGGUGACCUUCGGGAUUUUCUAACCCAAGCCAAAAUCAUAAUAGACAAACUUGAAAGUCUCGUGGAUAAGGCAGGCAAUGCCUUAAUUAUGAACCAGAGUUCAGAACAAGUAGUUGCUUCCCAGAAGCUUGAUGCUGCUGAUUGCGCAUCAUAUAUAGCAGUAAUCUACAGCAUGUUAAAGCAAGACUAUACAAUGCAGAAUAAUAUUGUUUCUUCGUUGAAUUUUACAACUUCAAAUGGUGAAUUAGAGAGCUACUGUCUGAUGUGGAUGUUAAGGCCGUUUAUAAAUGAUGGUGUUAUACAUCAAGCUUUGAGAUAUACAAGUAUUAGAUAAUCGAUUUUGUUUUGGGUGUUUUCAUCAAACCUUUUUUAUUUCCAGAGUACUUGGAUCUUGUUGAGUUUCUGACAAAAGUAAAUCUUUAUUCAUUAUAAACGACUGGAGAAGUUUACUUGGAAGUGUAUAGUGAGAUUUUGUCUGAUACCGAGUAGAAGUUAGAAUUCUACAAGCUAUCCUUCUGUUGAUUUUAAAGAAAUUGUAUACUCUGUAUGUCUGAGGAUCCGGCUGUUCAUCUAGUCUCCAUAUUGGUUUCAUGAUGUAUUUGUUUUGUGGUGAAUUUUACGACGGCCGCAGCAAUCUCUGAGCAUGCUUUGAGGCUGUUAUAUUGUCAUAAAUUUUUACAAUUGUAAAUAUGAGAUGGAACUGGCUUAAGAUAUUAAGGCCCCGUUUGAUUUAAUGUAAAACAUUUUCAAUGGAAAAUUAAUUUUCAUGGAAAACAUAUUUUCAAGGAAAAACACAAUUGCAAAUUAGUUUUCCUUUGUUUGGUUUACAAGAAAAGUUCAAGAAAAAUAAAAAAUAAGAGUGGAAAUGUAAGGAUGAAUGAGAAGGAAGUAAAAAAAGGAGGUAAGGAAG